UUGAUAUUAUCGCCGAGGUAUCUUUUUGUAUUUUUCUGCCGGGGAUGGGCCAGAUUGGGAAGGGCGGUACGAGGGUGAGACUUGGCGUUGGUGUUUUGGAACAUCAAAGAUGGACAGGGUUUUCGCGGAGGUCGCUCCUCGGAUAUCUCCACAACUACAGGUCGGGGAUCUUCCAAAAUCGAGAAGAUUGGUGCAUAUGGCUAGGUCACUUCACCUUACAAUUUGUAUGGCACUCUGGCCCGGGGUUGUGGUGUGGUAGGGGAGAACGGGGGAUAAUCCCACACAGGAGCUUCGAACAACGUCCGGUUCACGUUUGGCUGGAUAACUCCACCACCACACAGGGUAUGCGGUCGGCGAUGGGGUCAGAAUGCUCGUAUGAUCGAGGGCUUUUCGAUGGAUCUAUCGGCGGGUUCUUAUUCGAAAAAUCGAGCGAGUUCGUGGUGGAGCGGUUGAGGUGUACAAAUCGUUGGACUGACACUGAAGAUCAUGAGCUUCUCAUGUCACAUCUUGCAACCAUUGAAUUGGCAAAGGACAAAACAGUCUACAACCUUUCAAUUCAACUACUUUUGAAAUUCAUUGAUGAGUUACAGAAGAGGAACACCUCUACUGCAGCUCAAAUUCAGAAGUUGAAGAAGAAAGAGUUCAGUUUGAACUUGAAAGAGACAGGCCCUGAGCAGGGCAGUGCUGCUAAGAAAUCAAGUCACUGA